AUGGCUGAUAAGUAUAUCCUGCGGGUGACCGCCGGCCCCAGCUACGACCUCGAUUCCCAAGUCGAGGUCCCUGUCAACCAGGCACAGCCCACCAAAGUCAUCAGCAACCUGGCCGACGUCGAGCUGAACGUCCGCAUACAAAAUUAUGCUGGUCUGCCGCGCAACUCGCCGUCCACGUCUCCCUACUUCUCCACGGAGCCUCACGCCACCAACAAUGACCAGUACAGCAUCUCCUUCCGUUUUACACCCAAGAAGCCCACAGAUGAGUCGUCUUCCUCUGCCGAUGAGGGAAUCUCGGCCGAAAAUCUCCAGUUCGGCAAUGAUUUUGAUCACCCCAUCCGUGACCGUCUACCCCCAGGCUUCAACACGGCGCUUAACAUUGUGAAAUGGUGGAUCGACCCGGGCCUGGAUGGCGACGCCUACGCCGACGUCCCACACCUGUACGGCCCUGCUCUGAGCUCCUUCAAUGUCAUCCAUGUGGGAGCUGGUGUCCAUGACAAGGAGAAGGGUGGCCUGUGGUUCGAGGAGGGAGGCGACGAGGCCGGCCUCGAGGCGCGGGAGAAGAUUGGCGCGCCGGCCACGGCCAAGGAGCGCAUGAAGUGGGCUCUGCGCAAGGACAGCAAGGAGAACUGGACGUUCGAGUAUGGCAAGACGUACGGCAUGGACUUUUUCAACCCGUAUCUCGACUUUGCCAACUUGGCGCUCCGCCUGCCAGGAUUUCAGCUGGCCAUCAUGAGGUACUGGGACGGGCAAGGUUUGCGAUACGUUCUCCGGAACAAGGCUACCGGCGACGUCUAUCUCGUCGUUCUCUUCACCCUUUAUCUCAAGGACGAUGUCAAUGAGGAUGGCACCCUCAAGGUUGACGCAGACAGCUUUAAAUCCGGCGGUCGCCCCCCGCCUAGUGACGACAAGCAUGAGUCACAUGACGAAACUAAAGCCUUCGAGGAGGCCAGGAAGAAGCUGGGACCGGCCCCCCACGAGACAGAGACGAAUGCCGACGACGUGGACUAA